CGGAAAACGUACUGAUAUUUCGCGCCAAAUUGAAACAAGGCGCAGUGUGUCUGAGCGGUGUGACAGGAGCGGUUUGGGGGAACGCGACUUCCACACGGCUUUUUUAAAAACUUUUCAUCACCGUUUGUUUUUCACGUUCAAGCACAAAUAAAGAUGGAGGAGGCGAACAAGCUGAUCGGCACCGGCAAGAAGCACCUGGUCAUGGGGAAGGUGGUGGAGGCGGUGGGCGUCCUGCAGGAGGCCUGCGGCAUGCUAGCUAAGAAGUACGGAGAUACAGCAGAUGAGUGUGGAGAGGCUUUCUUCUGGUGUGGGAAAGCACUGUUGGACCUGGCACGGAUGGAGAACACGGUCCUGGGCAACGCUCUGGAGGGAGUGCCUGAGGAGGAAGAGGAGGAAAAACCUAAAGACUCUAACGUUGAGAGCACAGAGGAUGUUGAUGCAGAAAAGACCAGGGAUGAGCUGAGGGUUCAGGUCUAUGAUGCCAUGGCAGAGAAGAAAAACAAAGACGCAUCCGGAGAGAAAAGUGAGAGCACAGAGAAGAACGGAGACGCAAACAAGGAUGAGGCUGGAGAUGUGAAACAGAGCGAGGCUAAGGAAGAGGGAGGCGAGAAGGAACAGACGAGUGACGGUGUCAAUGGAACCAAGGCUGCUGAAGGUGAAGAACAGGGAGAAACGCAGGGAAAAGAAAAUGGAAAGAAGACUGAGGUUGAAAAGGAAUCGGCAGAGGAGCAGAAGGAAUCGGAAAGCAAGCCAGAGGAUGCAGAAGCUGGUGAUGGAGAAGAGAACGAGGAGGGGGGCGAUGACGCAGAGAUGGAGGGUGACGCAGAGCAAGGUGAUGAUGCCGAGGCAGAAGGCGAUGCCGAGGGACAAGGAGAAGGCACUGAUGAGAAGGACAGCGACGAUGAGGAAGUGGGCAACCUGCAGCUGGCUUGGGAGAUGCUGGAAGUGGCAAAAGUUAUCUACAAAAGGAAAGAUAAUAAGGAGGAUCAGCUCAUGGCGGCUCAGGCUCAUCUGAAACUGGGUGAAGUUUCCUCCGAAUCAGGCAAUUACAGUCAAGCAGCAGAGGACUUCCAGGAGUGUCUGAAACUGCAGCUGAAGCACCUGGACUCGGACAGCCGCCUGCUCGCUGAGACGCACUACCAGCUCGGCCUGACCUACACCUUCAGCUGCCAGUACAGCCAGGCCAUCGAGCACCUCAACAGCUCCAGCUCUGUCAUCAAGAGCAGACUGGACAAACUGCAGGAGGUGAUUGACAAGGCUGAGGGGCCAGAGGGGGCUCCAGAGGAGAGGAAGGAGAUGGAGGAGCUGAAGGCUCUGCUGCCGGAGAUCCAGGAGAAGGUGGAGGAUGCCACAGAGGGCCUGAAAACUGCCAGCGCUGACGCCGAGGCCAUGAAGGAUGUCCUGAAUGGCAGCUCCACCUCUUCAGCGCUCCCUGGUUCCACUGUGCAGAGUAGUGACACUUCAGCCAGCUCUGCGGUAAGCUGCACCGUCCAACGUGUUCAUAUUACUACCAAGACAACCAAUGGAGUCAGUGCUGCCAAUGGACACACUACCACAGCUCCAGUUUCUGACAUUUCACAUUUGGUCAGAAAGAAGAGGAAACCAGAGGACAGUCCAGUGAAGGAGGGUGAAUCCAAGAAGGUGAAGCAGGAAGACGCCCACACCAACGGCACACAGGAGCCUCACACUAACGGAGUCCACGCCACUAAUGGAGACACUACUGAUCACACCAAGAAAAUGGAAGUAGAGAGUCAGUGAAGCCAGAUCCCCCUCCUGCUCUUUGCCUCUUCACCUGAGGACAGACCUCACCGGCAUGCCAAGCUCCUCAUGAUGCUGAACUUGUUGUAAAUAUGUUAAUCUUUUGUCUGCCUGUUCAUGUUUGUUCACACAUCCUGUUGGGGAAAAAAAAAAAUCAAUAAAAACUCAUUUGAUA